AUGGUUGACGACGAAGUCUCGCAAGAUCCGUCUGGUGCGCCCGGUCAGCCAUCACCGUCCACGCUCGCGAACGUUUCGACCACGGUUGACAGUGUUUCCCACGUGCCCCGACUACCAAAUUUUUGGACUUACUCCCCGCACGAGUGGUUCCUACACGCGGAUGCCGUAUUCGCCAACCAAAGAAUCCGCGCCGACACCCCGCGUGUAAACCACGUUCUCGCCGCUCUGAACGAGGAGGCGGUCAAGGCGGUAAGCGACCUGAUCGGUCCCAACACUUCCUACGCUAGUCUAAAGGAUCGUCUCAUCAGCACGUUUUCGGUGCCGCCGUCGACUCGUUUUCGCACCAUCGUUGAACCGGGCGGGAUGGGCAAUCGGAGACCCUCCCAAAUGCUCCGAGAUAUGAGAGCUGUGCUCCCAAAUUCGUUGGACGAUACUGCACUAAGGGAGUUCUGGCUACAAAAGUUACCGUCAAACAUUCGCGCAAUAGUCUCCGGCCUCGACGGAACGUUGACCGAUAUCGCCGAACGUGCGGAUCGCGUGUUGGAGGCCAGUACCUCGCGCGACGUUUUCGCGGUGCAAUCGAGUAGCUCUGACGACCGUCUCCGCGCCAUAGAGGCUGCCAUACUCUCGUUGACUACCCAAAUCUCCAACCUGCUCACCGCCCAGCAGUCCCGUAACAAUUCUGGGUACAGUCGCAAUCGGAGCCGUUCAAAAUCGCGCACACAAAACAACCCUAAAUGGUGCAGUUAUCAUAAUCAAUACGGCGCUGACGCUAGGCAUUGCAAGUCGCCGUGUACGUUUAAGUCGGAAAACUAG